CGAAUGGGUAUAGCAAUGAAGCAAUCAGUCAGUGCUUCACCAGAGUCUCAACGUUUUUAUUUGUAUUUCAUCCAAAUAAUUAUCAUUAUCUAGAUUGGGUUCUUCCUUUUCAUAAGGUUGGGGCUCAAAGCACUGAAAUGAAACAACCGGUUAGCUUUUUUACCUCUAUAGGCUUAGCCCUUCAAACAAAGGCAUUAUUUUGAAAAAAAUAUAGGACAAUGUUGGACUUGCGGCCAGCCUGUGGCUGCCCCACAAAGCGGGCAACCACAGAAGAGCCGGAGUGAGAGAGAAUGCCCCUUCGUCGGAUUUCCGUUUUACUUCGACUUCUACCUAUCUUGUUCAUAAGAUUGAAUGACUGAUAAGGUUCUUAGAAACAAAUAUUGCCCUGUUGAAGCGUGUUUCCAAAGGUAGGUAGUCGCUCGUGAUCAGGAGCCUUGGAACAGGUUUUGAUUGGUGCAAGAUGGCGUCGACGGGAGAUCAGCCGGUAAUGAAGCGGACCGCAACGGAAUCCGAGGCGCUCCUCCAUGCGCGAUUGUACCAAGAGGCUGCAACGCCGUCGGCUGCGCCCGUUCUGAAACGGCCGAAGGCGUCGGCUGCUUCCUCGUCCACGGCCAGCCUGCCCGGAAGCGGUAUACCGCCUAGUCAGGCAAAAAGCAGUCUUUUUGGUGCCUCUGGACUGCCGAGUAGCAGCAGCAGCAGCAGCAGCGGAAGCAGAGAUGUAGCCUCGGCUGCCCGCAAGCCAGCCUUUGCGGCUCAGCCAGUACCGGUGCCACACACCGCCUAUCGACCGUUCACCCUGCCCCCCGCCUCCGACCUAGACGGAAAGGGUGGAAUCAACUUAAGACUUGUUCAGGAAAAGAACUUGCAAUAGUCCUCUACUUCCCGCAGUAGCAAUUUCCGUCGAUGACGCAUUCCUCGUCUUCCUGAUUUGUCCAGCUGGCUCAUAAUGAUUACAAGAUGGCUCCUUAGUUUCUCUUUGCAGACUAGUAAAAGAACAUCAACUUCUAUCUAAGUUUACUUUUCGGCUAUUAUUCAGCUUCAACAUGAUAGGCUUCUUCUCCUUACCACGCUAAAAGUAAAAGUUAGUACUGAAGAUCGCGAAGGGCGAUUUUCGUGCAGAGAUGAUACAAUAAUUACUUUUCACCAAAAGCUCUAAGCACAGUAGUGUCUCGUGCUGGGCAGAAAGCUGAGGAGAAAGCGGGAAGCCCUUUUAUGGCGUCACCGUUAACGAAAUUGGCCAGCCCUCGCAGCUCGAAAAGCCCGCAACUGCAGCGAGAAACGGCAGAGUUGCAGCAAAAGACGGACGCUUUUGCAAUAGCUGCACAGCAAACAGCUGCUAGUGGUUUCGGACCUGGAAAAGCGGGCAACAAAAGCCGCCCGGGGAGUAGUGCAGGCGACUUUGGCAACAUACAAUCCUUAAGGGGCUCAUCUCUUGUAAUUCAUCUUAUCAUGAUCAGCAUCGUCUUCUUCUGGGGAGUACUUAAUUGUUGGACGCAACCUUUACCGAAACCCGAGGUAGCUCCAACUUAGGUACUGACUUUGGGUAGUAUUCAUGGACAACUGAGUGUUGUUCUAGCUCUGGAAUACUGUAUCUUCAGACAGACGGACGAUUAGGGUGAGCAUCUCUAAAAUCCACGGCAACGCCCGACCACGUGAUAAAUCCCCGAGACUUCGUUAACUUCAUCUCCCAGCACGACAGUCUCAAGGAAGAAUUUUGCUACAUGGCAAGAGCCGGAACGAAUGACUUUGAGGUACCUUGAUUGAUAAAGGUCCUUGCUUCAUCAUCGAAAACUUCAUCGAAACAGGGCGUCUUCUAGACCGGUAGAUUAAGUAUAAUCACCUGUAGGUAGUACGAUUCGCAAAUCAUCAUGUUGUACUACCGAGGUACAGGAAUUUAGAACAGCAGAUUCUUAUCAUUGACAACAUUCUUAUACCCCAUAAAUGGGCUUCUAACUGCGACUACUCCCACUGUCAGAUCAUUCCAUUUGCACGAAUUGACCCUAACGACUACAUGACGAUAUCUGGAAGAGGAGUAACUCAUUUUUGCAACGGAGAGCUGAGUUUCUUGCCGCUUGAAGAUUGGGAGAUUGAGCAAGACCAACAUGCCAAGCUUCUCAAGAUUCCCUUCUUUAAUUAAGAAUCACACUUCAUGAACAAGAACACGAUUAAUGGACCGACAUCAGUACUGACACUUCAACUGCAUGAACAAGAUUAAGGGACAACAUGUCUCAGUGCUGUGUUGUAUCCUUAACGUUCUUAACUGUGUGCAUAAGUACUUGAAUCAGGCUUGGCCUUCGCCUUAUAUUACACGGGAUUAGUUGAUGUUUCUCUUUCUUGUUGGUCCCCCGUCUCUAAUGAGGGAAAUACUCGCGGUGGAAGCUAUUCACGGUAUGGAAGAGGGCGAUGAUGCGACUACGAGUGAAAAAGUGCUCCAAGACGCUCAAUGCCAAUCUCUUCCUCCUCGACGAGACACUUCGGACAAGCCUUCUCAACAUCCGGAAAAAGUACAUCAUACGACUCUUCUACUUUCUUACCACUGGGUUCAUCUUUGUACCUCACCAAAGUCUACUACAUUAGUCAGUACUGCCCGUGACUAAUGGCGUUUUGCCGCUAGAAAUAUCUCAUACAAUGAGAUAUGUCUCAAGAUCUGGGCUUGUACCUCGUGACGGUUGGUUUUGCUGCAAUUGCCACCACUAGUACUUCAGCCACAAAUUUUCCUUUUGCUUCGCUGGGGAACAGGAAUGACUAUGUUUCUAUGUAUGAGGAGUUUUCCGCUCUAAGAGUUUUCACAGUUUUGUAUUUCAGUACGCUGGAAUGCUCCUCUACCAACACGAUAUUUCUGAAUACAAGCAAGGUCUAUUAUUAUUUGAGAAUCAUUUUUUUCCCUAGUAGUAGCACUCUUUCGAGUGGUUUUUUAUGCUCAGGAGACUUGACGUAGUAUUAGUACUAGUAGUACUUCGUAUGAUAUCUAUGUGAUCCAAGGUGCACCGAGCUGUCGACUUGGAAUAUAUUGGAGAUUCCGUUGCGACAAACGUGGACGCUAGCGCAAUUUGAGCAGGCUCAGGAAGAGAAGAUUGAUUAUGAAUGGCGUUUGAUUACAUGUUGAUGUUGUGCAAAGUAUCUACAUCGUGAUCAUAUCAGAACUAGUUCCUGCGUUUGCUACGAGCAGCAAUAUCACUCAGGAACGGACACAUAUGCUUUUCCUAGUAGUAAUAAUGACAACAUCUACGGGGGUGGUCACGAGUGGCCGUACCAGGGGCACGCACAUGACUUGACAUGUUCAGUCUAUGUGUAAACGUAUACUUUCUAGUUAUUGUUAUUGAACGACGUACACUUUUUUUUUCCUAGCAUCGAUUAGAGUGAAUGUUUUCGUCUUUAGUCACGAGGACUGAUAAAAACAAGAGCACUCAGAGGCGUUGUGUCUGGCUGUUAAGUAUAGGUUUUUCAUGUAGUUCGAGGUGGAUCGUUCAUUCUGCUUUCUUUGCAGCCUUCUUGAUACUGUGCAAUUUUGUGUAAGUGCAAAGUGAAAAGUACCAAGACAAUCCCUGCAGAUACAUCCUGAAGAUGAAGAACAUCAGGGCUCCUCUAAUGUCCGGAGAUAGUGAGAAUGCUGAAAAAACUGUGGCAGGAGAUCCGAGAUGAACUGAUAAAUUCCUGCCGCAUUAGUUUGGCGAAGUUUCUGGAAGGCAAUGUUAAGCAUCCCAUAUCAUCAUCUGGUGUAAUGUAUUCUGAAAAGUGGAGACUGAAUUGUCAGAAGUGAAUUCCCCAUAUUGAAAAUCCUUGGUAUUCUUAAUAUUCUGGUUUUUGUUGAUGUUGUUGUAUGUUUGUCUGGAUUAUAUUCUCGAUGCGUCCCAUUGAGACCUGAGUGUCUAUAUUCUAGCCAAGAAGGCGGAUGGGGCAGAAGCAAGGAAUGAUCAAAAUCAUAAUCAAAGGGGACUGGGACAUAACUUAUCGAAUUAUGUUCACCCAAGUCAGGACGAUGAAAAACUAUCGCUAAGAAAGGCUUCGGGGAUUCAGUCGAAGCAGCCGGAGGCGAGCCAGGUGACGGCAUGCUCGUAGCAAAGCAGGACCUCUCUCAUAAGGCUGAGCAUGAGUAUUCACUUUCUGCUCACUAUUUAGUGUUUUUUCCUGGUCACCUCUAGUGGUCCACCACAAAUUAUAGUUAUUGCAGCGCCCCUUAUUAUAGCCUACGCUAGACCCUCGAAGAAGGCCAGAAGCGAGUAUUCUGUUUCACGAUUUCCGUGCACUAGCUUUUAGUUCGUUGUUCUGUCAGUAAGCAACCGUAAAUUUGCGAUAGAUUUCUUUAUUUGCGAUAGAAUCUAUUACUGCCUGUGAUUCUUGGCUCUUAUCUCCUGCUUACCAGUUAUUGCGGCUCUACGCUGUCGUUAUUUCUUUAAUUGCGGAUCUAAAAAGUGGGGAUCUAGAUGAAGACUAUAGGGAGUUUUUAUUUGGGAUCACUCAUAGCAAGGAGGUUCCUAAUGCUGAAGUCUAAAGGACGCAAGCACUGCCUUUCAACUCUUUUCGCAGUUUGUAAUUCGGCCGCAUAUCGAUAGGUCUGCUGUAGCAGGUCUAGGCUAGCGCUCAAGGCCGAUAGAUCUUAUAAGUUCGUGCGUAUAUUUCUGCGCUUAUGCUCCUUUUCUACGCAUGAGGUAAGGCGUUCCUGGCGAUCUUCGCUAUAUAUAAGUGCUAUGCGUCUUGCCGUGAGUCCGUUUUGUACUACCACGAACCAUGACGCCCUUACCUUAAUAUUUUUUCUCGGUGGAUGUCAAUACUUAAUAAUUUGAGUUGUUUUAGGUCCCGCGACGCUUAGAGCACUAAAGUAAAGCAGCCGGUUAGUUUUCAUCUCUAUCCCUAGGCUUAUCCCUUCAAGCAAUAACUUGUGUUGUUUUAUUCGUGUUUCUCUCUCUCUGUCUGUCUACUACCUCUAAUGUUUCCGGCGGGGGUGAAGGCGCAGAAAAAAAGCGUACAGUCACUUAUACCGAACGGGCAACGACAAGGACACAGUGCCGGAAGCUGACAAAAUUCAUCCGCACAGCACAGUACUGAUCUCUACUAAUUCACAUUGUAGUGACUUACAACGUUCAGGAUGUUGUAAAUGCUAGACGACUUCUUGGUGACGACUUUUUAUUGCACUUAUCACUCAUGAUUCGGCUACUACUAUCAGGACUGUCGAUACUAGGAGGCUCCUCACAUUCAGCAUCUUGUAAAUGCUAGACUGGCCCGACCAGCAGUCGUGGUUUUUUCCAAAUGUUCUGGGUUAGAAUAGGUUACUCAGAAGAUUUCUUUCUCAAAUAUGCGUAAGUAAACCUAAAAAAAACUCCAACGAGCGGACAGCAUAGUUGACCUUUGGGUGUACACUUCUUCUGCAUCUGACACGAUUUCGAACGAAACGAAACUACAAGAAGGUUGUCUCAGUAGUAGAACUAUCUACUUCUGCACCUGUUCUUUUAGACUUUUUGGCAGAGAGUCUUCUAUUUUAUGCACAUCGACUUCUACAUUUACAGGUAUCUUCUGAAUAGCGGCAUCGUGGAGAUGAUAAAGUUUUCCACGCUGAGGCUUCUGCAGUUACGGCUUCCCAAACUGGGCACCAAUUGAAAUUUCGUUCUACAACAACACUGCAGCAUUGGUAAGUACUUCGUUCGUAGUUCUUUAUCCUAGUAUUGAUGUGAAGGAAGGCAUCCCAUCGAAUAUUCCUAAUACUUAGUUCGUAAUUGUUGAAAUUGUUUCAAAGCGCAGAGGGAAAGACUAUUAACUGGCCUGUAUAUUUCGCUAGUGCUUGUUGUUCUAGUCAUUUAGACGAAAAAAUACAAACUGCUUGCACUAAGUAUGAAUGCUUUUUUGUCUUUCUCGCAAGCAGUUGGGUUUAUUUUUUCUCAGAAUUCGACAAGAAACGAUUUCGGGGCUGAUAAGUGGACCUAGGUACUGGAAAUGGUUAGAGAUGCAUUUUUGCCUCCGAAAAUAAGAAAUGAAUGUAAGUGCCUCUAAUGUGCUUGCUAGAACACUUUCUGCAAAAAGCCAGUGAGUCUAGUGACCCAGACCCAACGAAGAAAAAGCGGGGCGGUGGCGCAUAUCCGGACAACGUUGCGCCGACAUUCGUCGUGGAGUGCAAUUAUGACCUAGAAGUAUCGUUUUUUCGACAUUCACAUCAAUGCAUCCACCGUAUUAUACAUACGCAGGAUUACUCGAGACUCGUGCUAUGCUAUCUUGAUUUGUGUUGCAACUUUCCCGAUUUAUAUAGUAGCUUCCGAUAGAAACAAAUAUUGAUCUUAGAAAGUCCUAGGUUCAUCUUACUAUUCCACUAUCGUCUAGAACAACUGCCUUAUUAUAUAGUAGCUUCGGACUCUUCUUCUCUUGACCCCCUUCUUUCAACUCUUUUCGUAAUUCGUAAUAUCAAUCUACUCGUAGAACUGCCUAAUAGAUAACUACGUAUGUAUGGACCAGAACUGGGAGGGUGCCGGUACUAGAAGAGGUGGGAAUAUGCGGCACAAAAAAGGUAGAAUUUUUAAUAAAAAAGGUAGAAGUAGGCGAAAAACAAAAGCUAGAAGCCUACAAAAAUAAGAGCCAAAAAGGCCGAAGAAUUGCCAGAAAAGGUAGAACCUGAAGCCGCGCAGGAGAGGAGGAGGACAGGAAAGGCCAGCGGACAGCUGCAGACGCGAACACACCAUCGAACAGCCAGCAAGCAACGAGAGAAAGAGAGAAGCGCAAAGGACCACGCCAAGCGACCCGAGGGCGCCCUCGGUGACUGACCGAUGACAAUCCCACACGACACACCCAAAACCAAUCCCAGUACCGCCAAGCGGGACCAGACGAGAACCGACAGGGGCGAACGAGGCUGCCGACAGCGCGUGCGCGCAGAGCUCCGGGGUGCCACACACGCGACACACAGGGCCGCCGCACACCAUCCCCGAGGGACAAGCCUCAACUACGCGACCCCCGAGGGCUUUCGGAGCCCGCCGAAAAGGCUGAGGCACUUCAAAACGAAAGCGGCCCGCGGAGCGAAAAAGAAACGCCACACUGGGGGGGGCGGGGGGGGGUCGCAAAUGGAGGAAGCGCACCGCGAAGCUCCUGCUGCGUGGCAGUUGCCCGCGCGCCUGCCUCUGGCGGGUGCGAAGUACUGCGGCAAAAGCGGGAGAACAUAGAGAAACGAAAGGCGCAGCAGGAUGCGCCAAGCCUGAGGGACCGGCCGCAGCUUGGUGGCAAUCCUGCCAGGACACUGCGCGGCCAAGCGCGCGCGGCUCCCCACCGGGCCCGGGCGCGCAUUGCACAAGCCACCGGGGCGCUGCGUUGGCAGUGAGUGGGGUGGAAGGAGCAGCCUACAAGAAGGGCCAAGGUCAGGCCCCCUAUUUUCCGGGCCCCUUCUGAUACCGCGGCCCCAGUUUUUCCCGGGGCCAUGUUGGCCCCAGUAUUUCCGGGGACCCCGCCAGAACUAUAAGGAACCCCGCGGAAAAAUAAGGACCCGGGAUUUUUGCGGCCCCGGUCCGAUUAAAGAGGGAAAAUCACAGGGGCCCUUAUAAUACAGGGGGCCCAGUUUUUCCGGUCCAUGUAUGUUAUGUACUUUUUUUUUGCUUUUUGUCCAGUUCGUUGGGCUCUACUGACCCUGUGAUGCAAGAUUAUAUAGAUACGAAAUCAAGAAGAUCAUGAUCAGUAGACGAUAGUUUUAUUGAAUAGAAAAGGACCUUAUUGAUGUGGUUUUAUGUUGUAAGAAAGUACCACCUGCUAGGGCCUCGCUUUCAUAGACAGCAGCGAUCAGGCGAAAUCGUGUUCAAGCCGUCCGCAAGUAAGUUCCGCAGCUACUUAGAGCAUGCCCUGUUCGAAGGGCUGAAAACCGUAACGAAGACGCCCUCUUUCGUGUCUUUACCAGAACUGGCGAGCUACACGAAGUCCAGUGGUGAGGCCGUGCCAGAAGCCGCGAAAGGCGGCGAAGAAGGGGCUCCAGCAGGCUCCGAGCUCCAAAGCGCGCCUAGCGAGCUAGCAGUCCUCAUAAUUUCCGAUCCGGGAUUCAAAGACCUGCUUCUGUCCUUAUGAAAGCAUGUAUUUUUUGAGCCUCGGCAGAGAUCUUCACUGUUUGUGCAUAGUCGUGAUUUCAGUAGACUCUUUGUCCUCGUAUCUAACAAUUUCUCCAAAUCUACGCAACCUGAUCAGAUUCGGAGUACUGAUCAGGGAGACCACUGACUCUGACCAGGUAAGUUGGCUCUGGAAUAUGACAAUUUGUAGUCCCGAAGGACAAGCGAAACACUAUUAACUUAGAGCACACGACCAAGGACGAGCUUCACGUCUUAUCUCGUCAUCCUGCGAGUACGCCCAGCUAGAGGGAGGGCAUAAGAAGGCUCUAUAUUCGUACUCUAAUGCGCAUCGGCAAAAACUUUGACACCUUGUUUGGCAUGGUGAUUGACUACGCAGCGCAGUACAAGCAGUUCGCGGAGAUGUUCGUGGAGAAUGAACAUUAAGAAGAGCUCGAUCAAAAUAGAAACUCAUUCUGAGAUGAAAAUGCACAAGAACUCCUAUGUAUGAUAGAUAAAAUGAUUCUCGUCCAAGUGUUCAGAAACGUAGUUUCGAGUUUCUGAAGUAGGAAUAAGGCGAUGAAGAAUCGGCAUAGGCACGUGAUGGGACUAAUUCGAUAGUGGUAGAAGAUGACCACUACGCGUGUGAUGAUGAUACGCUUGUCGUGGAACGUAACCUCCUCUUCUAAGAACAGCUGCAGGACCCGGCGGUUACUUUUGCGGGAGCAUCCCUCGACGACCUGGUCAAAGCCCUGGACAAAUACAAGGCCCAACAGGAUGCCAUGCGGGCCAUCCAGCCGCAGAAACCCCUCUACCUCUUUGAGCUGGAUAGCUCAAGGUAUUCAUUGUCUUCUACAAGAUACGUAAGUACUAUGUUCUCGGGACUUAUCUCGCGCUCCCCAUUCAUUGUCUUCUACAAGGUUUUUCUGCUUGCAGUUCAAGGUAUCGCUGUGCGACGCCUGCCUUAUACAAACAAGAAGCUACAAGUUGUAGAAUUGCACAUAAAAUGCUCCGUAUCGCGUGUUGCAAAGAAAAAUUUGAAUAUCUGUGCAGAACGCAUCUCUUUUCUUUUGCAUCCCUCAAACUCAGUUUAGUUAGUAGUUCCUUUUGCCAGAGCUGAGCAAUCACCUGCGGUGACAUCAAUGUCCAGGCAGCGCCCUAUCCUAUCCUACUUUAUAGACUAUAUUUUUCUUGAUUUUCAUUGCCUCCUUGUUGACCACAUCACAGAAUGCAAGAGAUGCUCCUGCCGUCACCGCAGAGAUGCUGGGACCUGAUGUCAGCUUAUAUCCCGAAGCUAGCGAUGGAUAAGCAAAAAGUGAUAACCGUGGAGCUGCAACAAGUUAAGGCGACAUGCAACUCUUGACAACCGACUUGACAACUACACCAGUUUUUAGAGGGACAAGUAUGUAGUGCUAUGUUUACAGCUGCAUGUACUAGAGUUGCAGGUACAGUUACAGAUACAGGGACUACAGUUUUUGCAGCUACACUCAACCCCUCUUGAUACUUGACACAGAAUACAUAGCGCAGUACCUACGACAUGAUUGGUGUCCUGAGCUUCAGAAAUGAUUCCUCCUGUUGUAGUUUUAGUUAGAUCUUCUAUGUACCCCCCGAGUAAAUAUCUUUAGCUCGUCUUCUAAGUCAGGAAACGAGCGGCUGGGUCAAAGCGCACGUGAAGUGAGCGAAUACGUCGAAUAUGCAGACUACCUGAACGAGUUCACGAAGAAAUUCAAAGUUCUCGAACUCCAAGCAGAGGAAGUGGUCCGCCUGACCGACAUCAUCAAGACCUACAAUUAUGGAUGCCUCUUCAAGAUUAAUCACUUCGUAGUUGUAUCGAGUUUUCUACUGGCUUUUCGAAGUAAGAGCGGAAAUACACGGAUGUCAUUCUUUUAGAGACGGCUUGAGCAUACAUCAACCACUGUCUUUUAUGGAAAAAGACUCAUCAUCUGCUUCUACUCACUUUGAAAUAAUCUAUUCUCGGUUAGCACGGAGGGUGGGAUUCUUUAAUCUCAGUUUCUUUUGUGGGUGUUGAUUUUUUCAUGUUGCAAUCAAGCUGGAAAAAAACGAGCGCGCUGCAUUCAACGAAAUGACGAAUUAUCUUACCGUCUGCCAGGCUGCCAUACAGAACGGCACAGAUAGAAUGGAAGUUGAGAUAGUGAAAUUCCAGGCGCAGCUCGAGAGCCUUAUCCCUGUCCUGUACACGGACGUUGGCAACUACGAGGCGAAACUCAAGUUAUGACAGAAACAGGAGCAGGAGGAGGAUGAGGAAUUCCACUUUAACAACUUACUUACACAAGAGGCUGGUAGUAAGCAUAGAGGUUUCGUCCAGAAUAAUUGUAUUUCUACUGCGAUAUUUUUGCAAGAAGAAGCACGCUGCCCAUUCGAAACGAAAGUGUGAAAAAUGCUUGCAACGAGAAAAUUUUAAGUUUUCCUGUGUCCUUCCUUGGUAUUAUUAUUGAGAAUGCGAAUAUUCUAAUGUUUGAUCCGAUGUUUGAGCGCGCGGACUUGAUGGACUCGGAAGAGGGCAGAAAAGAGGUCCUGGAUUUUCUGAGCGAGUGCGAAGCGGCGGUCCUCGAGAGCAUCGAUCGGGGCGAAAAAUACAAGAUCUAUCAAGAGAAGCUUGGGAUGGAAGUUGCAGCGUUCGAAAACUGCGACGAUCUAAAGUUAAGAAUCUUCCAUUAAUUAUAUGGAGGCCCUCUGACUUUAGGUGUAUCCCUUCAAGCAUUACAUGGAGGCUCUACUAGUUGUACUGAGUCUGCGUGUUGUUGUGUUAUACCAGCAGUACUAACCAUAGUAGAAAGAUGAUGGUUUUUUUCUACCUAUUAGGGUAGUAAACAUGGAAAGAUGAUGAUUUUUUUUUCUGAAAUAAGGCUCUUUGGUCUAGUACGCAUGAUGCAGCAAAGAGUCUGCGAGUUUUUUCAAUGCAAUAAAGUUCCGUACCAUAAAACCUAGGAAGUUGAGGGAGUGAUAAAGAGUAUAUCCACAAAAAAAAAGAUGAUGAUUUUUUUUUUUUUGAAAAAUCAUCAUCUUUCCAUGUUUACUAUCCUAUCUCACAAGAUACAAAACGUCUCUUGUUUUUUGGUAGAAAGAUCGUUUCUUGAAUUCUAAGGCCCUCGAGAUUAUUAAAUAUAUUUCUAGCUUUUACAACUUUAGUGGAAGGCAUCAUCGCGGAUGAGUCUUCUUGUCGUCAUUCCUUACGCCUAGCUCUAAGGUGCAUCGCCUUCGCGACAAAAGCAAAACUGUGGCGGGGCGUCGACAACUGGGUGAAGCAAAGCGAGGGAUGGCGAAAUACACGAUUCAGUAAUACUUUACACGAAAUACAAGAUUCAGUAAUGCCUUGCACGACUCAUUACACCUCCUGAACGCAUUUUUUUACAAGUUUGAUGUCGCUUGUUACCAGCCAUGCCGGCUAACAUCGUCAUCAUCAUCAUAAAAGAGGCUAUUGUUGUUUCUGCACUACUUUCUUGCCGUUGUAUCAUCCGAGAUGAACUCGACUUCAAAAUACAAUCACCACGGCACCACAGCUUCGGUGGACGUCGAGCAGAUCAACAAGGAUGUCGCAGUGUACAACAAGACCGCGAAUCAAGCCGUUAAGGGAAUGGGGAACAACCCGGUGGGUCCCAAAUGGGCAGAGCAAAUCGCGACCUUUAAAAACACGAUUCCAGUCGUGCAGUGCUUGCGCAAUAAGGCGCUGCAGCCUCGCCACUGGGCACAGAUUCAGGAGUUGAUCGGCGAAGUGGAUGUUGAAGACGAGUCCUUCUCGCUUGGACGCUUGCUGGAUAUGUUACGGCCAUUCGAUGUUGUAGUGCUCUAUUUCAUAUACUGGACUUACUCCAAGUACACUUACUUCAAGUACAGGGUUAAUACAAUUGUGCUUCAUUCCAUUUUUACUGUCCUUAUUUCUCUCGUAAUAUUUAUUUGCUUCCUGCUUUCGCCUAGCGCGUCGUUGUGCUUCAGACUCCGCCUAUUGGCCGCCUGCAGGUCUGUGGAUAGCCGUCCAUCCUUCUCCUGAUCAUGAUGAUACGCGGACGCUACUUUCGCUUCACAUUAUUCAGGACGCUGCUAAAGUCUGGAAAAUUGUGACACAAUUUAUUUCCGAUUGUUAGUAAUCACUCCAUCUAAGGUGGAAAGUGGAUGUACACACAGAAGCUAUCCAAGUGAUCUCUGGACAAGCUACGGCAGAGGUUGCCUUGAUCGAGAUGCUCGAUAAAGUCAAGAAAAUCUGGGAAGAUUGCGACCUUCCUCUCAUGGGCUACAAGGAGAGCAAAGAGGUAAUUACGUAGCUUUAGACCUGAGUUUGCAUAUAUUGAAGACACUAAGACUCUCUCUUUCCUAGUAAUCGUGGUGCUUACCAGGCCCACUCUUGGUUCUGGGUCAUGCGAAUUCGGUCAGAUCCAGGCAGCUGUUGAUGUCAACAUCGUGUGCAGAUUGAUCGCUUUUCUGAUUACAACUAUUUCAUCGUCAUUUACAACUGAGAAGUAACGUCUGAGGUACAUUCGUGGCAUGCACAGUCCUCAAAACACUAGUAUCAUGCACCAGGUCUUUAUUCUGGGCAACGUGGAGGAGAUUAUUACGAAUUUAGAGGAUAGUAUGGUAAACGUCGCGACCAUUGCGGGCUCCCGUUUCGUUGGCCCAAUCCGAGAAGAGGUGGAAAAAUGGUCGUCAGACCUGCUCACAUUCCAAGAGACCCUGGAUGAAUGUUAUGGCUCUCACCCAAAUAACCUAGCUCUAGAAUCUACGAAUAUCGUAAUCAUGCGAGAGAAGUCUUCCAUCAUCUUCCUCCAGGACUCUCGGGGGGACUCUCGUUGCCUCUAGGAUUCAUUCUACCUUUAGGUGGGAUCUUUCGAGUAGUUCUCUUGAUACAGGCUAAAGGUACAGGUUGUAGUUCUUUGGAAUCAAAGGAUUGGAUGUUGGAUUAGUUGUUGUUGGAAUAGUUUAGUCAUCUUCUUCCAGGUCAUAUUGCCAACCGGGAUUGAUAGUGACUAAACUAACAACGGCGCGCGUCCAUAGUGACUAAACCAAGAAACCCUGUCUAAGAGUAGCUGAAUCUGCAGAAGAACUGGAUGUAUUUGGAGUCUAUUUUCGCAAGUGGCGACAUCAAAAAGCAACUACCAGCGGAGAGCACGAAGUUUAUGGAGGUGGACAAUGACUGGAAGGCAACUAUGAAAGAGGCCUACGAGAAUCCGUCUGCAAUGAUCUGCUGUUGCAAAGAAGGAAGGCUCCAAACCUUUGUACACCACAACGAAUCCCUCGACCAGAUCCAGAAAAGCUUGGAAGAGUAUCACUUACUUCGUUCUACGUAGUUCCUUCCUUGUUUACAACAUCAGAGCAUGACUUGGACUUGUUUGUUCAAAAGUGUGAUUUUCGUUCUUUAGAAACAGACUCGUCCUUGCAAUAUGCAGUGGAAGACACACUAUACUGUGGCAUUAGAGUAAGUAGUUUUUCCGACUUGGGCGCACCUCAUAAUUCUAUGUAUUUGAAAAUUUCUGCAUCAACAGUAUUCUUCUCAAUAAAUAUCCAGGUAUCUGCUCUCGAAGUGCAUCGCUUUCCCUCGUUUCUUUUUCCUGUCGAACGAUGACUUGCUGGCAAUCCUGUCACAGGCGCGUGUUGUUCAAGCUGUCCAACCGCAUUUGAUCUUAUGGCACGUCCCUUUGAGGAUGAAGAUGAACAACACUUGCAUGUUGCAUAAUUAUUUUCGUGGUAGGCAUCGGGCUAAAAUAAUUUCCUGCGGCGCGGUUCACCGCCUCACAAGUGACAUGAACUAUUUCCAUGGUGCACUUUGAAAAUGAGUCAAAAAUGCAUCUGUGGAUCAUCGGGUAGUGCUCUUCUAAUGUGCAAGUGCUUUGACGCGUUGGUCCGCCUGGAUUUCGCGCAGGGUGGCAAGAGCAACGAAAUUUUGGCCAUGUUUUCGCCUGAAAAAGAACGUGUGCCGUUUUUUAAGAGCAUGAAGGCACGUGGAAACGUCGAAAAAUGGCUCGGCGAGGUCGAUUAUGGAUAACUUUUUUAUUUUCUGUCUCACAACGACUAGUAGGUCUUUCUCUCCACUUCCGAUUGUAAUGUAAGGAACCUUCAAAUGAAUGUGACGCAGUGCUGUCCACACUACAGGAUAGGUAAAAUACUUAGGUAAAAUCUAGUGAGUUUUCAGGUCGGCUUUCUGCGGCGGUUAUUUCGACUUAUGAUAAUCUAUCUCGAAAUGGCACACCACUCCUACCUCUAAAAAGAAGAGUUUAUGGUGAAAAGUGUGCACGCAGUUGUAAAGCAGGGCUGGAAGGACUACAAGGAGGUGCCGAGAAAAACGUGGGCUGCCAAACAAUUCGUGCAGGUCUUGGCUUGUGUUGGCGCUAUCAUGUUAAGGCAUCUGUUGAUUACCAAAUAUUAUAGGCGCUCAUUUUAGUAUAGCAAUUAGCGUAUUUAUUUGCUUUCAGCAGUUACUUGAUACCUACGCAUAGAUUUUUCAUCAAUUUAGGAGUUUCAAUGUUUUUUUCCCAGCGUGAUUAUGAAAAAGCUACCAAAUGGUGGUAGUAGUAUUACGGUCCUUCAGCCCCAUAAAGAUCAUAGAUAUUCUUGUUCUAGCAACCUUCUCUAAUUUUGUGGACUGCCGACGUCGGUGAAGUGCUUCUGAGCAAUAUGGCAGCCGCCAAGCGAAAAGAUGAAAAGAAGGGGUCGAAGGAGGCGGCGCCACUGAGUAUGACACAAGCUUACACCAAGCAAGUCGCGCAAUUGGACGACCUCAUUAUGCUGGUGCGAACGGAGCUGACUUCGAAUCAGCGAAAAGGAAUUACAUGUCUGGUACAUCAACAAGAGCGGUUAGAAUAGACAUCAAAGUCGUCCCUCUUUGACUAUUUUAACGUUAAUAAAUAAAUAUCCGAGUUUGUCUAGGAAAAUUUUGGCAUUAUCCCCACUGGAUUAAAAGUGACAGUAUGCGAGUUCGACGUAGGGUGGGACUGAGUUCUUCUACAACCACUUUCAUAAUUGUGGGCUUUUUCGAGUUUCUAUGAUACAAUCCUUUUCUACUAUCGACACAUCACCAACUACGACCCACAUCAAUUCUUUCCAUAAAAGGUUACACAAGAUGUGCAUUUUCGUGACAUCACGGAAGAGCUUGUGGAGGCAAAGGUGACGUCGACAAACUCCUUUAAAUGGCAGCAGCAGCUACGAUUUUACUGGGAUGUGGAUGUGGACGACUGUGUUGUCCGACAAGUGGACGCGCGGAUAUUAUAUGGCCACGAGUACAUGGGCGCCAUGACAAGGCUGGUCAUCACGGGCCUCACUGAUCGAUGCUGGAUGACAAUCACGGGAGCACUUCACAUCUGUACCAUUUCUGUCACUAGUAUAGAUGAAGACAAGAGGAGGUCGUAGAAGAUGGCUGUCGUAGUAUAGUAUAAUUUGUACUACUGCAGCUGAGCUUCGGGUAUAAUCUUCCUCAUUCGGUCUAUAUGAUACAGGGACGCACGGCCCCCCCCUGUGGAUGGCCCUCUGGUGGCGCUUGCGCGCUGCUUUUCGCGUAAUCUCGGGGUGGAAGGCGUCAAAACUGGGAGCGGGCGCCCCCUUGCGCCUCUCUGCAGGCCCCGACCGACGUCCCGGCCCCUGCCGACCCUCGCGGUUUGGAGGUCUCCGGGGUAGAAGGCCGCCGAAGGCGGCCACGGUCUCGCGGCGUGGCCCCUUUUCCUGGGUUGCCCUCAUCAAAUGCGCGGCAAGAGCCGGCAGGCCGAUGACCAAGGGCCCGGAGGGUAGAGGCCACACCGCUCAGGGGGUCCAGCCUUGCGCCUUUUGCCGCCUUCGGAGGCCUUCCACGCCCGGCAAGCUGCUGCUACGGCGAGGGGCCAGCAUAUCGGAGGUCUGUAGGGUACAGGAAGGCAGCUGGAAGGGAGCGGAGGGGCCCCCUCCUUGGCCUCCUUUGUAAGCCUUCCAGCAACGAGGGGUCCGGGGAUCCACGGCCCCCCCGGGGGGCGCUUUCCUGAACCUUGGGACGUAUAUGCGCCUUCGUAAUACACAUGCAGGAGUUACUAUGUUAUGAGUUUACGAUCCUUUUCAACCAAACUGCUCUGGUAUCAACAUUUCUACGUGGUGGAUUUGUAGGUCUCGGAGCCGCACCAGCGGGUCCGGCCGGAACUGGUAAGACUGAGAGUACCAAGGAUUUAGCGAAGGGCAUUGCACGACAAUGCGUGGUGUUUAAUUGUUCCGAUCAGAUCGAUUACAAGAUGAUGGGUAAGCUCUACAGUGGAAUUAUCGCGGCCGGUAGCUGGACGUGUUUAGAUGAGUUCAACCGUAUCUCGAUCGAGGUGCUCAGUGUCAUCGCACAGCAAGUGUUGCAGAUUCGUAUGGCGCUCCUGGCAAAGGCCUCAGAGAUGGUGUUUGAAGGGCGACACCUGCGGGUGAAAGGCACCUGCGGAAUUUUCAUCACGAUGAACCCAGGUUACGCAGGACGAACGGAACUGCCGGAUAAUCUUAAGUUACGACUCUACCCUGGUCUUUCUUUUUUGAUAAGCCAAGAAUUAGACUUAGAGUAACCAGUCACAUUUUCUCGACUUCUAGAAUCGUUCCUCAAAGCAUGAGUCAUAAUCGGUUUCUUUUUCCAGAGAUAAUCAUGAUCGUGUUCAGUUGUAGUUGUAUACAAUUAAUUCUUUUUUUUUCGCAAUCAUAUAAUGGAUUGUUACCAACGCCAAGAGUAAGAGUUGUUUUAGACGAAACUACUCGUAAAAGCUGUACCAGAACCAAAUGUUUGAUUUCUCUAAGAAACGUGCUUUUCCGGCCAGUGGCGAUGAUGGUUCCAGACUACACUUUGAUUGCAGAGAUCAUGCUUUUUGCCGAGGGUUUCGGCACAGCGAAGAAACUUAGCGGGAAGUUUACGAAACUCUUCAAGCUUUCUUCCGAACAGCUUUCGAAACAGGACCACUACGAUUUCGGUAAUAACAAGCUACCUUUGCGAUGUUGCGAUAUUCCUUACCUCCAUACAUGUGCGUCGUUUGAGUUCAAGGUCAGCUAUGUUAGAACUAAGGCCAGCAAUUCCUAACGCAAGCAUUUCCCAAUAUCCCUCCUCACAGAACAAGUAGAAUAGCCGGCAAUUUUUUCCCUCGACAGGAGUAGUCCUAGCAUCAACACAAUCUAUCCGAUGAUACUGCUAGGUAUGCGUGCGGUGAAGUCAGUGCUGGUUAUGGCUGGUGGUCUGAAACGACAGGAUCCAGAUAUGGAUGAGGAUAUUUUGUUGGUUCGAGCAAUGCGUGACGCGAAUGCGCCCAAAUUUCUUGCUCAAGAUUUACCCUUGUUCUUCGCCAUCGUCGGCGACUUAUUCCCCGGGCUAGAAAUUCCAUACCUGGAUAUGGGCGACCUUAAGCGGUGUAUCGAGGCGCAACUCCUAGAGAAGAAGAUGCAAAUCAACGAAAAGCAAGUGGCAAAAAUCAUCCAAGUAUUUGAAACCAUGAUGGUCCGGUUCGGAAUUUGUAUCGUGGGACCGACAACAGGAGGAAAGAGUAUACUAAACAAGCUUUCUUCACUCGAUUCUCGAACGAAGUUUCAUUCUACAACAUAAGAUCAAAUAAUGAUUCGCCUAGGGACCGCAAGAUACGACUACGAUUAUAGAACCUGACGGUGAUUAUAAAUAUAUUGUGAUUCAGAUGAAUAAUGAUAAUGCCUGCGUAUCCUCAACAGUCACAGGAUUGAUAUUUUUCAGGUACUUCCUUUGACACGCUGGCGCGUGCGUUGACGAUGCUUCGCGGGGAGGGACAUAAGGAUGCGCGUUUUCAAACUGUGCAUUACAAGGUCUUUAACCCGAAGGCGAUCACAAUGGGGGAACUGUAUGGCGAAUUCAAUGAGCUCACUCAAGAAUGGACCGACGGUUUGGCAAGCUCAAUCAUUCGAGAAUUCCAAAUGUUAAGGACUGAUCCGAUCAAAGUGCAAUCUCUCUUGUAAUUUUUUUAAGAACAGAAGGACAACAAGCAAUACCAUAAUCUUUAGUUAUAUCAUUACAUAGUUUGAAUUCAUAACAUUUACGUUAUGAUCAUGUCCUGGGGUCUCAGCAUGGGGUGAGGUUGUUGUCAGGGAUCAGUCUCCAAUAAACUCUCGCGAAGGGGAGAAAGACCUCUUGAAGAAUAUCAUGCAGUUGGCUUUUUUUGUAAGAAAUACGAGUAGGAUUUGGAAUGAAACUUCGAUAGACGAUAUGUUAAGCAGUGAAUCGACGAACAACCUUGUUUUCCACUCUAAUUACCGAUGAAACGCAGGACUACAAGUGGACAAUGUUUGAUGGUCCGAUUGAUGCGAUCUGGAUUGAAAGCAUGAAUACAGUGCUGGACGACAACGUGACUCUCUGUUUGGCAAACGGUGAACGUAUCAAACUUAACUUUACAAUGCGCAUGGCCUUCGAAGUAGAGGAUCUUGCAGUGGCGUCGCCAGCCACCGUCAGUCGGUUAGGUGUCAUCUACGUCACAGCGAGCGAUCUAGGAUGGCGUCCAUACAUGCAAAGUUGGCUUGAUGCGCUUCCGGCUUCACCAUACACACUUAUGAAACGUCUCUCUCAAAUCUCACUGUCACAUAUUUCUACGUACAACAUAGCGCUAGAAAAAGCGCCAUGCGUCUAUUAUGAUUGCAAAAUUUGUGAUGUUCGAGAUUGAAUUUCGUUUUUCUUCAGCUGGCGAGGUACAGGAUUCAUAACCUAACAGGAAAGAGCCUCUAAUACUACACAGAUCAAGGAGAAGCUAGGUAUGUUCUUCGACAAGUACGUGGACCGGGGUAUCAGCUUUCUCCGAAAGGAUUUGAGGGAGCCCAUUGUAACCAAGGAUACGCAGCUCGUCAUUUCCUUGUGCGCGAUGUUUGAUGCUGUGCUUAACUGGGAAGCUGCUACCGCAAAUGGUGUGAAUAGUGCGGAUGCGCUCCCAGAGGGAGCCCUCGUUAUGACACGCAUGCUCUAGAAUAGCUACUUAGUUAUAGCAUGAAGAUAUGUGUGUACCGAUUUUUGUCCUAGGCAGUUGUAAGCCAAGUUACUGAACCUAAAAAGUCUUUAUUUUGAGAGUCGUUCUGGUUCUAAGAGAAACGGGGAGGAGGGUGCGGCAGUGGAUAUCGAAAGCUUGCUGAAGAAGCCGAUGGAUGUGCGAACAAUGGCAGAGGCGGAUUUCGAGAAGCUGUUAAUGCCAGUCUUUUGCUUUGCCUAUCAUUGGUCUUUAGGAACUUCUUUAGAGACCAAGAGCCGACAGCAAUUCCAGACCCAGUGCGAGAAGUGGUUCGGCGAUGUCUCUUUUCCGCGUGGUGGUGCGGGAUACGACGGCUACGUCGAUCUCCACAGCGGCCCCAAGUGGAAACCAUGGUCGGAACUCGUUCCGAAAUUCAAGUUCGACGACACUGUGUCUUAUUUCCAGCUUCUGGUUCCAAACUUAAGGGUAGUGUAUAGUUUUUUACCAUGCUAUUUUAGUAAAACAUUCCGGAAACAAAGCGAUGGACGAAGGACUCGAUAAUGAAGCCAAAUGUUUUCCGCCACUGUCAGCGGUAGAACAGUGGACCAUGGAAAAUUGAGAACCAGUCCAAUAUCAAACGACAAAUUCAGUUUUGGUAGUCACUAGUGUUUGUAGUUACAAUUUUUUCAAAAAAAUCGACCUCUAACAAACGUGGACACGGUUCGAUUCGCUUACGCAGGAGACAAGCUGGUCAGCAACGGCACACCGGUCUAUCUCACGGGUACUGAAAACUGUCUAGUAAAAGGGAAUUUUGACCAUUGGAAUUUCGCUUCGAGGUAAUGAAGAUAGUGUAGAAUAGGAGAGUAGAUCGAAAAUUCAUAGUCCCAUUUGCGUAAGCUUUCGGCAGCAAUAACCAAGGAGCCGUGAGGUUUUUUGGUUAGUUUUUGCUGCAGUGACCAGCUCGUUACUAGCAUGACAAAUAAUAUCCCCACUUAGGUGUAACGGGUGUGGGUAAAUCCGUCGUACUGGCAAAUUUGCUUGAAAAUAUGAAGGCAUACGCCAAAACGAACCCAAUCAACAUGACCUUUUCCGCGCAGACCGGUGCGUACUCGACACAGAUGACCAUCGAGGCCAAUUAUGAUGCUACAUGUUCACAUCAUGAAAACUGUGGUUUGAAUGUUACUCUCUUAUAGCCCAUGCUACACCUAUUCUUGCACCUCAGAAAUUGAAUCUAUCAAAUUAAUAGCAAUGCAAUCGCUCCUUAUAUAGGGUACCGUGCGCCCCGGACCCCUUUGGAAGGCGUCUGUCGGGGGUGGAAGGCCUGAAAAGGGGGCCGGGUUACCUCCUCCGCUCCCCUGCAGCUGCCUGGCUGUUCCUUGCAGGCCUCCGAUCUAGGGGGGAGGCUUCAAAAGGGGCCCAAGGGACCGCCUGCGCCCCUUUCCAGGUGCCUGCCUGUGCCCUAAGUGCCUCCGAUAUGCUUCGCAGCCGCAGCAGUGCGCCGGUUUUGGAAGACCUCCGAAGGCGGCAAAAGGUGAGGGGCUGGACCCCCUGAGCCGCGCGGCCUGUCCCCUCCGGCUCAUCGGCUUGCUGGCUCUUGCGACCUUGGCUGCCUUCGGCGGCCUUUUACCCCGGAGACCUCCCGCCUGCGGGGGUCACUCAGCAGAGGCCAGGAGUUCUCUGAGGAACCCGCUGAGAGGCGCAAGGGGCCGCCUGCGCCAAGGUUUGACGUUUUCCACCACUAGAAUCCGCGAAAAUCAGCGCGGAAAAGCGCGCGCGCGCGCCACCACAGACCAGACCACAGGGGCCGGGGGGUGCCGUGGAGCCCUCGAGCAGAUACGUUUUCUGUCUCCGUGCUGGUGGGUCGAAACAACCCUUCUCAGAUUAUUGCUUUUCAACCUCUUUCUAAAUUGCACUGGAGAAGAAGCGGAAGAACCUGAUGGGUGCGCCAAGUGGAAAGAAAAUGGCCAUCCUGAUUGACGACGUCAAUAUGCCUAAAGUGGAGGAGUAUGGAGCGCAGCCGCCGAUUGAGGUGAUUCGACUCUUCUUGGAUCGCAAUGGUUGUUACGACCGCAAGAAGCUCUUUUGGAAAAUGGUAGAGGAUACUCGAUACCUGCUCUGCUCUGCACCGCCUGGCGGAGGCCGCGCAAAUAUGACACCGAGGUUAAGCCGGCACUUCAACAUCCUAUCGAUGCCGGCGACCAGCGAGGACGCGAUGAAAACCAUCUUCGAAAGCAUAUGCAGUGGCUUCUUGGGCAAGUUCAAGCCCGACGUGCAAGCGUUCUGCACAAAAGCAGUGGCGGGAACGAUCGAAGUGUACAACCGGUGCGGAGAGGAGUUGCUCCCGACACCGUCAAGGUCACACUACACCUUUAACUUGCGUGAUGUGAGUAAAGUAUUCCAGGGCGUCCUGAUGGUGAGGCCGCAGCAAUGCAGCUCGCCUGAAAAAUUCGUCAAGCUUUGGAUCCACGAAGUCAGCAGGGUACAGGAAUUUUUAGCUGCAUUUUUUCCUGCUUUCUUGCCAUUUCCGCGACACCGACUUGCGCUAGAAUUUUAACUCAUUCUUAAGUGCCCUGUGGAUACCAAUCUUGAAUGAGGUGUUGUAUGUGCUUGUUCAUCUUGAUCACCGCGGCGCCUCUAGUGCAAAUGUAACAACUCCAUCAUCAUCUUCCACGAGGUGUUCGAAGAUCGGCUUAUCUCUCAAGGAGACAAGGACUGGUUGAGGGGGGUUCUAGGGGAAAUGGUAAAAGCUACCUUCCGUGUGGAUCUAGCGCGCGACCAGUGGGAAGGCAUCGUGUGGGUGAACUUCCUCCGGCCAGGUGCCGAGGAAAAGCUCUACGAGGAGGCGACCGACAUGUCGAAGUUAGUCAAGAUUAUGGAAGACUUCAACGACGACUACAAUCUGACCUACCCGACGCAGAUGAACUUGGUCUUUUUCCGGGACUGCGUGUUCCACAUGUGCCGCACCGCCCGCGUGUUCUCCCAGCCACGCGGUAACUCGCUGCUGGUGGGUGUGGGCGGUAGCGGACGUAGCAGUUGUGCACGGUUAGCGUGCCACUUGUCCGAGAUGGGCAAGUACGAGAUCGCGCUUGCAAAGGGCUACGGCGUGGAUGCGUUCCACGAGGACUGCAAGAACUUUUUGAGAGCAGCAGCCGGCGGGAAAGGUGUCCCAACUAUGUUUCUCUUCUCCGACACACAGAUUAUCACAGAGACGUUCAUCGAAGACAUUAACAAUAUCUUGAACAGCGGUGAAGUGCCAAGCCUAUUCGCCAACGACGAAGUCGACGGUACCUACUUCUGAUGCUUGCCUGCAGUGAUCUGAUUCAUACCACAAAAAUUGAAUAACAUUAUAAAUAUUUCUAAUCUACCUCAUAAUACGCUCAUAUUUGCAUUGCGUGGAUGAAUUAAUUCAGGGACAACGAUGUGCGGUGGUGUCCACCGGACCAACGUAAUGCAUCACGUCUUGCGCCCCUUCACCUCCUGAAUCAAUACGCACAUUAGUCAAGCAAUCAACAUCACCAUAACAUUUCAGCAAUCGUAAACGAUUUACGACCACUGGCGAAGGAACAGGGCAGAAACGAAGCAAGAGAUGCGGUCUAUCUGUGGUUCGUUAGCCGAUGUAGGGACAAUCUCCACAUUAAGGCCACAAGAAAUCCAUCUUCACAGGCAUCUUACUUGGUCCGGUUUUUCUAGGGGAAACUGCUCCAAGAUGAGUCUCAGGCAGGAUUUCUCUUAGUUCUAACCGAAUCUGUCUCGUCGUUUCACCUGUCGGAGAGGCGUUGCGAGUACGUAUGCGUAUGUUCCCCUCUCUCGUGAACUGCAUGACCAUUGACUGGUUCCUUUAUGGCUCAGGAAUGCGUGCUGACUGGUUCUUUCAUAAUACUACACUGCUACUUCUACUAAUAUUGAUGUUGCCUUUUUGUAGUUUCCGGGAGACUUGGGGAAAAAUACACCAUACUUCACGUGGACAUGCGAGUUUAUUGCAUCAUUUCAUCUCCCCGCUAUCUUUAGAACUAGAAAGCACAUCAUCGACGUGACCCCAGCGUACCUAUUUUUAUGCCCAUUUUUUGUAGCGUCGGUCCCACUUCAUUUGUUUGCUUGGCCCGAUGACGCGUUGAUUGCGGUGGCGGAGCGCUUCUUAGCUGCGAUGGAGGGCAUCGAUAUUGACAUGCGCAAUCGUCUCUCUCAAGGAUGCUGCGCCAUUCAUCAGGAGAUCAUCAACACAAGUCAAGUAUUUCUGGCCCGCCUAAGGCGUAACGUGUACACGACGCCAAAAAGUUACCUGGAUUUGAUCCAGCUCUAUUUGGAGAUGCUCGAGGAGAAGAAGAAAGAGAAGAACGUAAACCUGAAGCGAUUGUCAACAGGUGUGCAGAAGAUCAAAGAGGCAAAUGACAUCGUUGAGAAUCUGCAAAUCGAGCUCACGAAACAACAGCCAUUCAUCGAACAGAAAACAAAGGACGCAGAAGCUCUGAUUCCAGUAGUCAAAGAAGAACAAAAGAAAGCAGCCGUGGUGAAGGACAGGGUAUUGUAUUAGAUAUUCAAUUCUUAUUGUCCUUAUUCGUCUAUGUUGUGGAAGUUGUUUUAGGGAUGCUUGUCCAUUGUUGUUCCCGAUGUUGGGCAUGUAACUCAGAUCACUCGAUUCGGUUCGAGUUAUUUACUGCGCCCGCUCCUCACGGAGUUUCGGCUGGCAAUCGGCUUUCUACCCACUGACGAGGCUUCACGGUUCCUCUUAAUAUCCUUCGGGAUCCUUUGAGGAACUGUUUCGUCUUGCCGAUGGUACAGAGUGACCAUUUGCGACGCACUGAGAUGAUGUUAGACCUGGUGGUCCGUUGUGAUGUUUCUGGACCAAAAUGAAGUAGUAAAAUGGUUUGAUUAAUAAGUACAAUGCUCCCGCUUUCCUGGGAGUUGACUUCUGCAGAAGGAGACUCGAUCUCCGUAGAAAUUAUUGUAGGUGUCCUCGGAAGAAGCGGUAGUGCGAAAGAAGGCGGACGAGGUCGCAGCAAUCAAGGCCGACGCUCAGCGUGAUCUGGAUAUCGCCAUGCCGGCGCUUAACAAUUCAAUGAAAGCGCUGAAUUCUCUUGACAAAAAGGAUAUUCAAGAGAUCAAGUCGUUUCCAAAGCCACCUCCACUCGUGCUGAUGACAAUGGAAGCCGUCAACUUGCUCUUGGGCGAGAAGGGUGACUGGGACACCGCGAAGAAGGUGUUGAACGAUAGCGGUUUCAUCGACCGGCUGAAGAAUUACGACAAAGACAACAUCCAGCCUAAGAUCCUGCAGAAAUUGGAAAAGUUCGUAGUGAAGGCAGAGUACCAACCAGACGUGGUCGGAAAUCAGUCUAAGGCAGCAAAAAGUUUGUGUAUGUGGACCCACGCAAUGGACACAUACAGUAAAGUGGCGAAAGAUUAUGGCUGAUAUUGAAGAUCGAGUCGCCAGUUCGAUUUUCUAAGUACUUAAAGAUGACAAUUCAUCGUAUUGAGUAGUACUCGGCACUAGACAAAGCCUUUUCCGUGCUAGGAUUCUGCCUCUUCACGUAUGCGGUGCCGUCCAGCAUCAAAAUGAAAGGAGACAAGAAUAUUAGUGCUUUUCUAAACCCCGGUAGAACCAAAACGAGCAAAAGUGAAAGAGAUGUCGGAGCUUUUGGAUAAAGCGAUGUCGGACUUGAAGGAGAAGCAAGACGCCUUGCAGGAAAUCCUCGACAAGGUUGCUGGUUUGCAGAAACAACUUGACGAUACCAUAGCCGAGAAGAAUAGCCUUAUCGAGGAAGCAGCACUAACCGAAAAGCGACUGAAGACCGCGGGAAUCUUGUUAUGAACAGUGCUAGAGGAGGUUGUGGUCCUGCCGGUGGGGUACUAGAACUUUACUCGGGACACGAUUGAGCGAAAGAUGGUGUUCCUUGGAGCCGCAGCACUAGCUGCAGGUUGUAUUACCUUUCAACGGUGUUGCAUGGUAGCUAGGGACGAUAGGAUGAAUACUUGGUACGAAGAUGCCGAUAUGAGGAUCAUGUCCGCAGUCGGUCAUUCCUUUUUCUUGCAUUUUUCUAAUUACCACAGUCGGUCUGGCAGACGAGGGUGUGCGAUGGGCCGCUACAGUGGAAGUAAUUAAGCAGGAAAUCGUCUAUCUGACUGGUGACGUCUUUCUUUCUGCCGCAGCGAUCAGUUACUACGGGCCAUUUACCGGUGAUUAUAGGCAAGAUAUCUGCACCAAUUGGACAGCAGCUUGCAAGCUCAACGAAAUUCCGUGCGGAGACGUGUUUGACCUCAAAGAAAUCAUGGGGAACCCAGUCGAGAUUCGAACUUGGAACAUGCAGGGUAGUUAACCUGAUAAUAUGCUGCAUGGGCAUAGGUAGUUGGUGUUUAUUGAGUGUUGAUUUAAGAGCAUGCGCACAAACGUGCGAUCUUCCGGAUGUACUCGCAAUCUCCUUUUAUUCGUGGUAGUUGAGAUGAGGUUGACACCAGAGCAAGCGUAUUCCCGCUGUAAACCAUAGGUCACCUUGAAAAACACUACACACCUUGUCUCAAUCAGGAUUGCCGACUGACGCGGUGUCCGUGAAUAACGCGAUUCUAGUGACGCGUGGCAAGCGAUGGCCGCUGAUGAUUGAUCCGCAGGCACAAGCCAACAAGUGGAUCAAGAAGAAGGAGGGGAAGGAGCAGAAGGUAAUCAAGAUGACGCACCCCAAGAUGCUCUUGUUCUUAGAAAACUGCAUCCGCAUGGGCCAAGCAUUGAUGUUGGAGGAUCUCGGAGAAACGCUCGACCCAGCGCUGGAACCGAUUCUGCAGAAAGCAGUAACGGAAGUGAACGGGAGGAAAGUGAUCAAAAUCGGUGAUAACGAGGUCGACUACGACUUCAACUUCAAGCUGUACUUGAUGACGAAGCUGGCCAACCCGCAUUACUUCCCCGAAAUCUGCAUCAAAGUGACCAUCAUCAACUUCACUGUGACCUUCAGCGGUCUGCAGGAGCAACUGUUGAACGUGACUGUGCAGAAGGAGAUUCCCGAUAAGAUGGCGAUAGUAGAAGAACUCGUACUGCAAUUAGCGGACGACAACAACAUCUUGCAGGAGUUGGAGAACGAGAUUCUUAGACUGCUCUCCGAGUCGGAAGGUAACAUUUUAGAUGAUGAGGUGCUCAUCUCCACGCUGCAGAAGUCCAAGAUCACGAGUGGAGAAGUCGGGGAGCGUGUGAAACAAGCGGAGAAGACGAAGAAGGAGAUCGACGAAGCGUGCCAGCUGUACACGUCGCUUCCCAAUCUUGGUGCGAUUCUCUACUUCGUCAUUGCAGAUUUAGCGUUGAUGAAUCCCAUGUAUCAGUUCUCACUUUCGUACUUUAUGAAGCUGUACGAAAAGUGCUUCAAAAACGCGAAGAGACCACCAGUACCUCGAGGGCAAGAACCGCUAGCCAUGCGGCUCAAGUACGUCGCUGAGGAGAUCCUGAUGUCGAUUUUCAUCAACGUUUGCCGAGGUCUGUUCGAAGACGCAAAGCUCAUCUUCUCGUUUCUUAUUUUGUCGAGCUUACAGCGAAACGCAGGGCAGUUGCCUAGCGCACUAUGGAGCCUGUUGCUGCGAGGAAUCGGAAGGCUGGAUUUGACAAAAAAACCCAAGAAUCCGGAUCCAGAAUUUUUAUCAGACAAAGACUGGGAAUACAUCUACGGCAUUCAGGAGCUUAGCGGUACUAAUCACUAGAUGUUGGGAUUAAACUCUAUGUUGUAGUUGACUUCUAAAUAAUGUGGUUGACAAGUUUAGUCAAUUUCUUCGUAAUGGAGUGUAAUGUGGGUCUCUUCUAGUCUUGGAAAAUAAACACCAUCAUCUUCAAUGGCUCGUAGAUAUUGUCAUUCUGGUGGGUAUCUACUGUGGAUGGGUUCGUGAAUUCAUAUUAGGUGGUGCGUGCUUCGAUUUGUGCGAGCAUAUCAAGGACCAUCUUGAUGACUGGAGAGAUUGGGCCGACGACGACGACCCACACACGAUGGCACUUCCCUGCGACUACGCAGAGACGCACGAGUUGCAGUAUUUCCACCAAAUGCUUCUGAUCAAAGCGAUGCGAGCGGAGAAGCUAUCGCUCUCUAUCCAGGAAUACGUUAACUACUCGCUGGGCAAGGCAUUCGUGGUCUUCCCCUCCGCGACGAUGGCGGAGGUGUACGCAGACACCACAAAGGCGACUCCGGUUAUUUUUGUGCUCACGACCGGGGCAGACCCGACAGGCAUGCUGCUGCGUUUUUGCAAGGAGAUGGGCAAAGACGAAACGCUAGGCGUCAUUUCUUUAGGACAGGGCCAAGGUCCCAAGGCGCAGAAGCUUAUCGAAAACGGCGCGAAGGACGGAUCCUGGGUGUUGCUGCAGAACUGCCACUUGGCGACCAGUUGGAUGCCAACACUAGAAAAGCUGUGCGAGAAUUUAGAAGAAUCGAACGCAAUAAACAAGGAAUUCCGAUUAUUCCUGACGGCCAUGCCGUCGAACACAUUCCCAGUACCUGUGCUGCAAGCAGGAGUAAAGCUGACGAACGAACCGCCAAAGGGUUUGCGGGCGAACAUGAAGCGAUCACUAAUCACGCUGACAGACGAGUCACUCGGGAUGGACUCGGGCUCGAAGCCUUUAGAGUGGCGAAGAAUCCAAUUCGCAUUGAAGCUCUUCCACGCUGUCCUGCAAGAGCGCAGAAAGUUCGGACCGUUAGGAUUCAAUAUCAGGUACAGACAACGGUUUUUGAAGAGGACAUAACUGUAUCGAGGAAGUCGUGAGCAGCAAGAAGGACAUUCUGAGAACGCAAACUUUGUAGUUUGCACUCAUGCGAUCAUUUCUUGAUUAGUCCAUGCUCGCGUUCUUUCUUAACUUUGCAGGUAAGAGUUUAACGACUCCGAGCUGGAGUGUGGUACUGAUUCUUUCUUAACUUCGCAGGUACGAGUUUAACGACUCCGAUUACGAGUGUAGUACUGAUUCUUUCUUAACUUCGCAGGUACGAGUUUAACGACUCCGAUCUGGAGUGUAGUACUGAAGUCGUGAAGAACCUGUUAGAGCUGGACGGCGACGUCCCAUGGGACACUAUCAACUUCGUCGUGGGGCAAAUCAACUACGGAGGGCGCGUAACCGAUGA